AUGCAAUUCACCGAUGUAUUCUUUCCGAAGUUUCAUCUGCACCGUAAAUUUUUUUUGUUGUCACCAGACAUUUUUCUUCCUGAAAGUUUUUCCGGCAAAUUAAGACUAGUCCUCACUAUAAUGUUACACUCUUGUACUCAAAUACAAAACAAUGAACGGCAUUUAAUUUGUUUCCCCCCACAUACCCCAAUGUUUAUUUGGUUGUUCUUGUGUUCUUUUAUGGCUUGUCACAAUAAGAAAAUCUCACGUGACUAUUGUUUGAAAAUCUAUUGUUCUAUACCAAUUAUCACUCUGAACUCUUUGAAAUACAAUAUAAGGACAGACUCUUCCAUACGGCCCUGUUGGAGCCAACGUUUAAUCUUCAGUUUCUCACAGCAAAUUCUUCCAUUUCAAUCAGAAUUUGGGGGAUCCAAAGCAACUUCGUAUAAAAUAUCGGAAAAAUAUAUCUUUGUGCUAUUGUUACAUCUACCAUUGUUGAAUUUCUUUUUUUUUCUUGUGUUUUUUCCUCCAACGAUCUCGGAAGAAUUAAGGUGCAAAAAAAGAGGAAUUAAAAGAAUUGUAACAUGGUUACUUUUGUAUGGAGAAAAUAUCAUUUAA